AUGAGUGUUAUUAUUGGAGGAGGAAAAGGUUUUAUUGGACAACGUUUGGUACAAUUAUUAAGAGAAAAAGGUUUUCAAAAUAUUUGGAUUGUAUCAAGAAAAUCGGAUGGACAAGGAAAUACUUUAACAUGGGAUGAUAUUCGUAGUGGAACUACAUUGUCUUCAGUAAAACCAAUAAAAGCAAUUGUAAAUUUAGCUGGUGCACCUUUACUUAGUUUUCAACGUUGGACUGAUGCAUAUAAAAAUGAGGUUGUUCAAAGUCGAGUAGGUACAACAAAGACAUUUGUGGAUUUUGUUAGAGAUUUAAAAGAUGAAAAACCGGAAGUAUAUGUAUCAAUGUCUGGUGUAAGUUAUUAUAAACCAGAUCCAGUUAAAGAAUAUACUGAAACAUCUGAAGGUGGUGAUUAUGAUUUUCUAUCACGAUUAGCAAGAGAUUGGGAACAAGCAUCAGAACCUAUUGAAACAAAGUUUAAUGUUAGAAGAGUUAUUCUUCGUUCGGGAGGCGUACUUGGUUCAUCUGGUGGUAUGAUUGGAUCAAUGUAUUGGCCAUUUUUCUUGGGUGUUGGAGGUCCAAUUGGUAAUGGUCAACAACCAUUUCCAUGGGUUCAUCUAGAUGAUGUCUGUUUAUUAAUAAUAUAUGCUAUACAAAAUAAUCAUGUUAAUGGCAUUUUAAAUGCGUGUGCACCAGAAUUAAUAACAAAUCGAGAAUUUUCUCAAACAUUUGCUCAUGCAUUUAGUCCACCACGUCCAGCUAUUUUUCCAAUGCCUGCUUUUCUUCUCAAUACUCUUCUUGGUCCCGAACGAGCCAUUGUAGCAACACAAGGUCAAAAAGUGAUUCCUCAGGCUACAUUACAAACUGGUUAUACAUUUAAAUAUCCAACUAUUAAGGAAGCUAGUCAAGAUCUAACAAAAUUAUUUCAACGUCUUAUUGGACGUAAAUUUGAUGAUUCAAUAAUUCAAUCUGAUAUAAAUUAUUAUCCAUUUAAAGUAGUGAAUAAUAAUGGAAGAUCAAAUAUUCAAGUUGAAUAUAAAAAAGAAACAAAACUAUUCACACCUGAAGAAAUUCUAUCAAUGAUUUUAUUAAAAAUGAAAGAAAUAGCUCAAGCUUAUGUUGGGAAAAAAGUUUCUGAAGUUGUUAUAGGUGCACCAGCUUAUUUUAAUUAUUUACAACGACAAGCAAUAAACAAUGCUGGUGUUAUUGCUGGCCUUAACGUUCUACGUAUCAUUAUUGGAUCAACACUAGCUGGCAUGGCUUAUAGUUUUCAUAACAAAGUUUCAAAAGAACAAAAUGUGUUAAUUUUUGAUUUGGGUGGUGGCACUUGUAAUGUAUCUGUUUUAAUAAUAGAAGAUGGAAUGUAUGAAAUUAAAUCAACAGCUGGUGAUGCACAUUUGGGUGGUGAACAUUUUGACAAUCGAAUGAUCACAUGUUUUGUUCAAGAAUUUAAAAGAAAACAUAACAAAGAUUUAUCUGUUGAUAAACGUGCUCUUCGAAGAUUACGCACGGCUUGCAAGUCUGCUAAACGUACUUUAUCAUCAUCUUUGCAAGCUUCGAUUGAAAUUGAAUCUUUAUCCGAUGGUAUUGAUUUCUAUUCGAAGAUAACUCGUACUUGUUUUGAAGAACUUUGUUCUGAUUUAUUCCAUGCAACAUUAGAAUCCGUUGAAAAAGCAUUACGUGAGGCUAAAAUGAAUAGAUUAGAAAUCCAUGAAAUUGUUCUUGUUGGUGGUUCAAUACAUAUGCCACAAGACAUUGAAGCACCUGCCGGUAUUAUGAUACCAGUACUUAAAUUUAUUUAA